AUGUCUUCGUUGAAGCCGUCCGCUCAACCUUACUCCUUGCCCGACCUCACCGAAAUCAAGCUUUCGGUGGAGGAUGACUGGACUAAGGUGAAGGACCGGAAAGAAAAGAAGCGCAUUCAGAAUCGUGUUGCACAGAGAACAUACCGUCACCGUAUGAAGGCCCGUCUAGGGGAAUUACAACAAAAACUCGAAUAUCAUGAGAGAAAUGAGGCGACAUCCACGGAUGGUGAUGCUCCUGGCGUUGGCGAUGGCGAGGAUACGAACAGGAGCCCGUCUGUACAGCUUCCGACUCCAGCAUAUACCACAGACAAUAGCCCAUCUCCGAGGCCCAACGAAGAACUGGCGAUGUUUGAUGACAUCCAUUUGCACAACUAUCACAGCCCGCACGCUUUCCAUACCGAUGUCAGCCAACUAUUUGACCUUUCACCAAUUACAACGCCAUUAACUACGCAACCACCCGGGGGUUUUGCUGUAGGGCAAUCGAACAUUACGGACAGCGGAUACAAUUCGGCUGUUUUACAUGAAUAUCUACGCCUACACAUGCAAUCUUUCGACACUCGGCAUGAUGCAGCUGAUGGCCAAGCUAGCAAUCAUGCCCUUAGUGUCUCUUCCCAUGGCGGCGAUUCAUUCUUGGUUCACAACAGCCCUAAUAUCGACCCGUUGCUAUUUUCCACUGAUGGACAUGAUACAAUGCGUGCGGGCUUAACAGAAGGAAACGAAAGCCAUAUUUUCAACUGGAAAAUCCAGUCACCGGCAGCGCCAAGCCUGGAACAAAUAGCUCUCUCACCCUCUGCGGCCCAGGACCUGCCUGAGGCGAGAAAGACCAGGACUUCCAACCGUACCACCCGAACUGCACCCGCCGUAGUCAACCACAAAGUUCCUGCACAACCAGCUUCACUGCCCACCAAACGACCUACGCUGGACGAGCGCAUGGAAAGUGUCAUGGAACGUGUCGAAACAGCAGGCUUCGACAGCUUCGACUCCCUCGCCACUUUCUACUACAAAGCCUCGUUUGGGGAUUCAUCAUCGCUCGCGGUCGAGCAGAGGCUGAGCCGUAAUCGGCGCCUUCCCAAGCUGUUUGCCGAAGUUUUCUCGGCCGCUCAGGAGUGGGAUGCCCGGGAACAACGACCGCUCUUCGACGAGAUCCUUAGAAUGUCGGAGGGAAUGCUGAUCGGCGAGGCGAGAGGUGUCCACAGUACCCUUCAUGCUAGCAUCGGCGGGUUGGCUAGGUCGGCGAAGGACGAGAGCACGGGGAAAAGUGCCGUCCCGGGGUUGAAGAGGUUGAUGGAAAGUAAUUUACCUAACCUUUGGGCCCUAAUGACUGCUUUGGCGACGGAAAACCGAGCAGUGCGACAGAGAGAUCGUUCGAAUACGGUACUGGCGACGAUACUUGUCAGCGUCAGUGUCAGCGUCAGCGUCACCGUCACCGUCAGCGUCACCGUCAGCGUCACCGUCAGCGUCAGUGUUCUUAUUACCGUUACUUCCAUUGUUACCAUUGUUACCAUUGUUACCAUUGUUACCAUUGUUACCAUUGUUACCAUUGUUACCAUUGUUACCGCUGUUACCGCUUGUACCACUUUCUUCAACUGGUAUCCUUACCGUUCUUGUACAGUUUUCCCGCCGUGA